CUUUUAUUUUGACAUCGAGAACAGAAAACGAGAGGGGCAGGAUAGGUCAGAGGGGUGUCCGUGAUCGCUCUUUGUGGACUACUCACCAGUGGGGGUUUCCUAGCUUUCCCUUCGAUCUUCAAGCAGAAGCUGCAGGGUUGGUUGAAGCCAGCACUGAGGCCGGGCUCAGAUCCGGACCAUUCAUAAGAAAUUCGAAAAUCCAUGUACUAUAGUAAACCAAUAUUUUUUUUAAAUGGUAGCAGAAUGCUGAUCGGGGUUUCCUGAGCAAGUAUCGCUAGUUGAUCAUACUGGAAAGCUAGCAGUAUGGAUGAGGAUAUCAUCGAGGAUGAGCUGAGUGAUGGAGAGUUAGAUGACACCGAACUGCCAGAUGGCUGGGACGAAGGCAUUACGGAUGACGGCAAAGUGUUCUAUGUCUGCCACUUGACGCGAGAAACCCAAUGGUCCCAUCCAAAAACGAAUCGCAUGAGAGUGCUGAGCAAAACUUUACCACAAGGCUGGGUAAAGAUGGAAGAUGGCAGUUUCUAUGAUGAGGUGAGGAAGGCCGGAUCCACUGUGGAUCCACGCCUGCUGCGUGCGCCGAAGGAAGCCGAUUACAUUGGCUUUCGCGAGCGGGUGACGGACGAUGGCAGCACCGUGCGAAUGCUGAAGAGUACAUUCAAGCCCACCGACACGGCUGAUGACGUGCUCAGCGGUGUCAAGCUGGACGGCAAAGUGGCCAUUGUAACGGGUGCUAACUCUGGCUUAGGUUAUGAAGUGGCACGGUCGCUUGCCCAGCACGGCACCCACGUCAUCAUGGCGUGCCGUUGUCUGCACAAGGGCCAUGUGGCGCGGAAACGAAUCAUCGAUGAAAUGCCGGGUUGCUUUGUUGACGUAAUGGAAGUCGAUCUAGCAUCCUUCCAGAGCAUCCGCCUCUUCGUCGAGGACUUCAAGCACAAGAAACUCGCCCUGCACAUGCUGGUGUGUAAUGCGGCCGUGAUGGGACUAGCAUAUCAGCAGACAAUUGAUGGCAUUGAGGCCCAUUUCGCCGUCAACUACCUCUCUAACUUCCUGCUGGUCAAACUCCUGCUGCCGCUAAUGCUGGAGAGUGCGCCAUGCCGGGUGGUGCUGGUUACAUCUGAGGCACAUUGGUAUCCAUACCUUUCUUCCGAUACCCCACCAGCCAGCGUUGAAGCACUCCAUCCCAGUGCUCAAGAUUACUGGCCGACCUGUGCGUACAAUUCCUCCAAGCUUUGCCUCCUGCUGUUCAUGCAGGAGCUGAGCACGCGUCAUGGCUCGCAGGGCGUAUUCUGCAAUGCCGUGCACCCAGGUAACCUCCUGUCCACCGCGCUCGGCCGACAUUCCCUGCUGCUGCGCCUGCUGCAGGCGAUGUCUUGGCCAUUUGGCCGCUCUCCUGCCCAAGGCGCUGCUGUGAUUGCGUACUGCGCUGCCGCUCUGGACCUGGAGCAUGUCGGUGGCUACUACUUCGUGGAGCACAGGAUUGGCAGCCCGUCCAAACUGGCCAAGGACCAGCAGCUGUCCAGCGACCUGUGGGAGUUUAGCGAGCGACUUGUGGCUGGCCUUAAGUCUACAUCAAGAAAAUAGGACUGAAUAGGAAAAAACAUAUCUUAGGAAUGUUCAUACAAUGACUUCAUACCUUAGGAAUGUUCAUACAAUGACUUCAUAUCUUAGGAAUGUUCAUACAAUGACUUCAUACCAACCCUGUGCAUGUACACAUGUAGGUAGUCUUGCCCUGCAAGCUACACUUUUAGCACGCUUGUCUUCUUAUCACAUCAUUGCUGUGUCCUUUCUACCGACAAUUUGCUGCUGUUGCUGCUAGUGGUUGCAACGUCACAGCUAGCUUUGCAGUACACCAUUACUGCUCCUGUGUCCACUGUCGCUAUUUCAAUCGACUUGAGAGCUCAGGUGGCAAUGCCUCCUCGGAGUCCGACUUUGCCUCUUCUUUGGCAUAAGCCUUAGAAUUCGGAACAUCUUGUGUCCUCCACAUCCUCUACUUUUCUUUUCAUCUACAUGUACUGUGUUUGCUGCGCUGGUGUAGGAGUUUCUUAAAACAUAUUUUAAUAUAGAACUCAAUGUGUGUGUGUGUGUGUGUACGCGUGUGUGCGUGCGUGUGUGUGUGUGUGUGUGUAUGUCCCAUAUGGUGCAGUGGUAUGUGCAGCGAUUUCCAAUCGAUAGGUUGCGGGUUCGAUUGCCGACGAUUAUGGUCACACACAUCUUUCUUCUCUUUCUCAGACUCUUCCUGACUUUUCUUUCA